AUGGCCGAGACGAAGACCAAACAUUCUACAAAAGAUGCUGAAUCUGAUGAAAGUGACAGCCUUGAAGCGGCUGACAGCUCCUGCGAGCAAAUAGGCCGUGGAAUAUUAAAAACGGCCCCCAUCGCAAUAAACAGAGAUGAAUAUUUACAAGCCUACAGAGAUCUGUCGUUUGAUCGCUACCAGUUACAGCUCAAGAACAACUUACUUCAUAGAAGACUUGCCGAAUAUUAUAAAAAACGAAAGCUGGACCACGUUUUAAAACCUUUAGAAGGAGCGGCAGACUUGGAAGAGAAGUACCAGCAAACUCUUUUUAGUUACGAAGAGUUGAAAGAAAAGGAAGAAAGAGAAAUGCUUGAUAUAAAAUCAAAAUUACAAGCUGUGCAGGUGCAAUACGGCGAUAAAUUAGAACAUGCUGAAAAGAGUUUUAAUACUCUGCAGCAUUUGGAGAAAACCACAGGCACAGGUCUUAUCUAUUCAAAGAAGGGUAAACCAAUCGCUGAGAAGACGGUCGAGAGGUUUUUGACAUUGCAAAGACGCAAAAGCGAGCAGGCUUCCGCUCUCUGCUUGCGUUACAUCCGAUGUAGAAAUGCCGUCGCCGAGCUGGAGAGUUACGUUCGAAAGCUGGAGACCCUCGGUCCAGGGCUGUAUGUGGCACAGUAUGAACAACUGCACAUUGACCAUCAGAAUUUUAUGACUAAAAUUGAAGAAAGGGAGGAUGAAUUGAUUAAGAAUCGUGCGAAAUGCACUGAGCAUAAUCAAAUGCUAGCUCACAUCAGGGAGAAGAUGCACCACACCGACGAAGUGAUUGAUUUCGCCGAGUGUGACCUCGGUGAUGCUGAAAUUGAGUUUUUGAGAGCUCGAGAGGAUUUGGGACAAGUGAAGAGUCGCCGCGACAAACUGCGCUGGUCGCUGCAAGGGGAGCGAAUGAAAGCUGGUUUGCUAACGAGAAAAGACCUCUUGCGUGACUACCAAAAUGCUACUGAUGAGGUCGACCAACUUAGAGAAAGAAAAGACAAGCUGCAGGAUCAAGUAAAAGAAAUCACAAAGCAAGUCAGAGCAGCGCGAAAACGUAUGCUGAUUCAUCACACGGCCAGUGAACACACUGAUAACAGGGAGACUCCAUCGACCUCACCAAUUAAAUAGUAAAAGGCCCACAUAUUAACGAAAAAGCAAAGUUAAGUCAAUUUCAGAUCCAACAACGAAAUUCUAGCAUCCAAUAUUGAACAUUACACAUACGAAAAUUGCUGAGCCCGACAGUUGUGUGUAAGAUUAUAGAUAUUAUGGAUGACAGACGGCCUAAUAAACUGUAUUUCUGCCUGAUGUAGCCGCAUAAAUAUUUGAUC